AUGAGAUUUGAUCAGCAAGUUCCGACUUUUAUUUGCCGACCCUUAUCGUCGCCGAGCGACCACUCGGGGCCUCAGCCCCUCCAAUUUAGAAACGGCGUUCCUUUGAAGCAGUUUCCACCCAACCAUUUCCCACAGAAGUCUGCCAACUUCUCUCACAACCCCUCCACCUUGGAGAUGACCACCUUCCCACCUGUCGCCCUCCCAGGCGCUGAUGAUACCCCUUCUUCCCCUAAGAAGAAGAGCUUUUGGCGUCGUCUCUUCUCCAGGAGACGCAGCCGCAAAUAUGAUGAUGCUACCAAACCAGAUGAUAACCACCACGAGAAAGCCUCUUUCACUUCCAAGAGACAUACUCCGAUCACCACAAGGCUGGCCCAUGCCGCCGACAAGCACGUCGUCGUUCUCAAGGACGCCUUGGGUUUGAACACCCGCGUUGACGACGAAACACCAAAGCCAUAUGGCACCCCGGAAGGCACAACCUAUGAAGCCUUCCAGCGCAUGAAUGGCAACCUUUUCCCUUCACUUGAACAACCUUCGUUCGUGAUGAAGCCCAUUGAUUCGACGACUAACGCCUUGGAGUUUAAACAAGGUAACCUUAGCGCCACUUUCAGACUCAAGUCUUUCCGCUUGCAGAAGUCAAGCGAUGGUUCUCUCUCUUGGAGGCCUUCUGCCGAGGUGCCCCGGGAGUCUCCCUCCUCUCGGAUUGAGCUCGACAAGAUUACCGCUGCUGCUUUUGAAGAGAGACCCGUCGCCCUUCCUGAUCUUCGCUCGCUGGAGACUUAUGCUCUGGUCGGCUGUAGCCCCGUUCCUAAGUGGGCUGCCGACAUCGCCGAGCUUCGUAAGAACAUCCCUGAUGCAGAGAAUCUUACCAUCUUCCAGGCGCUUCGUUUUGCCCAAAAGGCAGAGAAGAAUCCUGUUCUUGCCGAGCUCAUCAAGGAAGUCGCCUACAAUGAGUUCAUCAACUACGACACUGAGAACGUUAAAGCCUUGAAGGCUGACGGCGCCUUUGCUCGCUCACCUCGUGAGUCUUUCGCCGGUCAUUUUGAGGAAUUGACUGCCAAGUACGUGUCGUCCUCGUCGCCUUCCAGCACCGGGGUCCCCUCCUUUAGACCCCGUGCCGCCCUGGUCCACACCUUCGUCCUGCCUUCCCACAGCGACAAGGCUGUUGAUGGCCAAGCCCAGGCUAAACGUUCUAAGCGUCGUCGCCUUUCCUUAGCCCUUGGUCGUCUUUCUCGUCGUUGGUCCUCUCGUGCUAAGCUCUUUAGGGAGCACUGGCGUGAGGACCGAGUCCACAGGGACUCUGCGAAAGAGACUAAGAGAAGCAUCAAGGUAGAGAAGCGCAACAUUGCUUUGUUGGACAAGGAAAAGCAGUUGUUGCAGUUGCAGUCUCAAGUUCUGAAGGCCUCCCACCAGAAGGCACAAGAAGAGAAGGACCACCAGCAGGCUGAGUACCACAGACAACUCGCCGCUAAGCAGGCCGCUCAGAGAAGAAAGUUGGAGUUGUUGGAGAACAAGGCUGUCGCCACCGAGGCUGGUAGAAAAGUUGCUGCCGCCUUGAAGCGUAAUAAGGUCUUGCUCGACAACGAGGUUAAGUACCAGUUCGAGAAGGUUUCUCCCCAAACCUCUUCAAAGACCUCCUCCUCCAAACGUUCUAAGAAGAGCACGUCGACGCUGAUGACUACUCCUACAGUCAGUCCUUCUGUUUCCCGUCCAGGCAACUCCUCUUCUAAGGUAUCACCAAAGCAAGGCCUUGCUGGUAAGGACCCCAAUGGUUACCUCGAUGACAGAGAAAUGGAGGAGAACCCUUGGAACAUUGGUGGAGACGUUGAGCUUCGCAGCGUUAUUGCAAAGGAGAGACCGCUUCUUGGAAUCAAGCCCAAGAAGACCGUCGUCGGGUCUCGAGUCGUCUCCGUUGCCUCUUCUGUUCAUUCUGAGGAAUCGGAAUUGAAACCUUUUGUUCCUGUUCCUUACAGGCCUACCACUGAUGCCUACUAUCAUGGCUUUGCCAUUCCUCGUGUCGACGCCCCUCCUCCUCCAAGACCUACGGGUGCUCCCUUCUGGGAGAGGAACGAGUGGGUGAAGAACCGCAUGGCCAUGAAGGGUAAGAUGACCAGAUACAUCGCUACACCUGAAGAGGUGUUGCAGGUCAAGGCCAAACUCAGGUCUAUUCCAUUUGCCAUGGACUGGUAA